CUGGAAAAUUUGGAGGAGAACGCGAAAAGAGUAAGAGUUGACACUAAUGAGAAUAGCUCUGAUAUGUCACGAAGCGGAAACCAGACCGAUUUUGAAAAAGGUUGUUGUGCGGAAAGUCGUCGCAUCAGCGAAAUGGUGGAGAAAAUUGAGAUGAAAGCUUACGUCGUUGAACGUGUGGUCGAACAGCUACAGAUCACUUGCAAGAAUUAUUAUGAGGAGGUAGGAUUCUGA